UUUUUUUUUUUUUUUUUUUUUUCCAAUUUGGGAUCUUUUCGAAGGGACUUGACGUGGAUAAGGAAAAAGAAGAAGAAGACGCGGAAAAAGGGAGAUUCGAGGUGCCUGACGACGGCGGAAUGGCGGACAGGGACCCGUUGGUUCCGAUACCCGUGGAGGUUCGGGCCAAACUGGCCGAGCUGGAGUUGGAGUUAUCUGAAGGUGACAUCACACAAAAAGGUUACGAGAAAAAAAGAUCCAAGUUGAUUGGAGCGUUUUUCCCACAAGGGCCAGGUACGGACACCUCGGGCGGUCAGGAGAGGAGACCGCCAGCCACGCCGUCCUCAGCCUCACGAUACCACCGCAGACGCUUGUCCGGCUCCCGGGACGAGCGCUACCGCUCAGACAUUCACAGUGAAGCGGUGCAUGCGGCGUUGGCCAAACAUCGCGAGAGGAAGAUGGCCGUGCCCAUGCCGUCCAAGCGGCGCUCCCUGGUGGUGCAGAACUCCAUGGAGGCGUACACACCGCCAGAUACCUCCUCCGGUUCUGAGGGUGAGGAGAAGGAGGAUUACGAGGAGGGAGAAGGCGGUGAAGAAGAGGACGGAGGAGGAAACCGUGGCGAAGGAGGAGGAGGAAUCUCCUCAAGCCUGGAGGGCAGCAUGAGCAUGGAGCACUGGAUCAGCCGCGCCAUUCACGCCACCUCGUCCGCCACCAACACCAACACCAACUCCUCCACCGCCUCUUCGUCCUCGUCCUCUGGCAGCGGGGCAAUAGCCCGCGGGCGCCUGGCCGAGGUUCUGGCCCAACACGUCCACAUCUCCGCGCACCAGCACCACCUGCGUCUACAUCAGCAGCACCAGAAGCACCACAAGAACGAGGUCUCCUCAGCUCCUCCAGACGUGACGAGUUACACCAACAACACUGCAGUUGUUGAUCGAAUCCAGGCAGAGAAAACACCAGUGGGCGACGGUGGCAGCCCGGGCCUGAGACAGACACCCAAGUACGGCAACGCCGAGUUGAUGGAGACCGGAGACGGCGUUCCAGUCAGCAGCAGAGUUUCAGCCAAGAUCCAGCAGCUGGUCAACACGCUGAAGAGGCCCAAAAGACCUCCGCUCCGAGAGUUUUUUGUGGACGACUUUGAGGAGCUGCUGGAGGUCCAGCAGCCGGACCCCAACCUGCCCAAAGCCGAGGGGGCCCAGAUGGUCCCCGCGCAGGGGGAGGACCUUGGCGUGGUCACCAACUGGCCACCCUGUCUGGAGGCGGCCCUGCAGCGGUGGGGGACCAUCUCCCCCAAAGCCCCCUGCCUCACCACCAUGGACACCAACGGGAAGCCACUCUACCAGCUCACCUACGGUAAACUAUGGUCCAGGAGUGUGAAAGUGGCCUACAACCUGUCGCACAAGCUAGGAACCAAACAAGAACCUCUCAUAAGACCCGGAGACAGAGUAGCACUUGUGUUCCCCAACAACGACCCCGGCUCGUUCAUGACAGCGUUCUACGGCUGCCUGCUGGCUGACGUGGUGCCUGUGCCUAUCGAAGUGCCUCUGACCAGGAAGGACGCGGGCAGUCAGCAGAUUGGCUUUCUGUUGGGCAGCUGUGGCAUCACCGUGGCUCUGACCAGCGACCUCUGCCACAAAGGACUUCCUAAGAGUCCCACUGGGGAGAUACCACAGUUUAAAGGCUGGCCCAAGCUGCUGUGGAUCGUCACUGAGUCCAAAUACUUGUCCAAACCCCCACGAGACUGGUUCCCCCACAUCAGAGAUGCUGGACACGACGCCGCCUACAUCGAGUACAAGACGUGCAAAGAUGGCGGCGUCCUGGGUGUGACGGUGACGCGCGCUGCCAUGUUGACUCACUGUCAGGCCCUCACGCAGGCCUGUGCCUACACCGAAGCUGAGACCCUGGUCAACGUUUUGGAUUUCAAGAAGGACAUUGGACUCUGGCAUGCUGUCCUUACUAGCGUGAUGAACAUGAUGCACGUGGUGAGCGUCCCAUACGCCCUUAUGAAGGUCAACCCGCUGUCGUGGAUCCAGAAAGUGUGUCAAUUCAAAGCCAAGGUGGCGUGUGUGAAGUCCCGCGAUAUGCACUGGGCACUGGUGGCGCACCGUGACCAGCGCGACGUCAACUUGGCGUCUUUGAGGAUGCUGCUGGUGGCCGACGGCGCCAACCCUUGGUCCAUCUCGUCGUGUGACGCCUUCCUCAACGUCUUCCACACCAAAGGUUUGAAGUCUGACGUCAUUUGUCCAUGCGCUGGUUCACCCGAGGCGCUUACUGUCGCCAUUAGGAGGCCUGUGGAGGACGGAAGCGUGAUACCACCUCGCGGAGUUUUGUCCAUGCACAGUUUGAGUCACGGAGUCGUAAGACUCGACUCGGAGGAGAAACUCUCGGUGCUCACCGUGCAGGACGUCGGAUACGUCAUGCCCGGAGCCGUGAUGUGCGUGGUGAAGAUGGACGGCGUCCCUCAACUGUGUAAAACAGACGAGGUUGGCGAGUUGUGUGUGUGCACGGUCGCCACGGGGACGUCCUACUACGGCCUCAGCGGAAUGACCAAGAACACCUUUGAGGUUGUUCCCGUUAACAGUGAGGGUGCUGCCGUCAGUGAGUUUCCAUUCACCAGGACUGGCCUGCUGGGCUUCGUCAGCGUUUCGGGUCUGGUGUUCGUGGCGGGCAAGAUGGACGGCCUGAUGGUGGUGGGCGGGCGACACCACAACGCUGACGAUAUCGUAGCCACGGCGCUCGCGGUGGAGCCCAUGAAGUUUGUCUACAGGGGGCGGAUAGCGGUGUUCCCCAUCGAGGUACUUCAUGACGAGAGGAUCGUGGUGGUAGCUGAGCAGCGUCCCGACUCAACAGAGGAGGACAGCUUCCAGUGGAUGAGCCGUGUACUGCAGGCUAUAGAUGGUAUCCACCAGGUCGGCGUGUACUGUUUGGUUCUGGUUCCGUCCAACACGCUUCCCAAGACUCCCCUUGGAGGCAUCCACCUGUGUGAGACCAAGCAGCACUUCCUGGAUGGGGCGCUGCACCCCUGUAAUGUCCUCAUGUGCCCGCACACCUGUGUCACCAACCUGCCCAAACCCAGACAGAAACAACCAGAGAUUGGUCCUGCCUCUGUGAUGGUGGGAAAUCUGGUGUCAGGGAAGAGGAUUGCUCAGGCGAGCGGAAGAGAUCUCACUCAGGUCGAAGACAAUGACCAGUUCCUGUUCCUGUCUGAGGUGUUACAGUGGCGAGCACAGAGCACACCUGAGCACGUACUCUACACACUACUCAACUCACGGGGUACGACAGCCAGCUCGGUUACGUGCUCGCAGCUCCACAAGAGAGCCGAGAAGGUGGCCGCCAUGUUGGCUGAACGGAGCCACCUUCAGGAUGGAGAUCACGUCGCGCUGCUAUACCCUCCGGGCAUGGAGCUGAUCGUGUCGUUUUACGGGUGUUUGUACGCUGGCUGCGUUCCUGUCACCGUGCGUCCACCUCACCCGCACAACAUCUCUACAACGCUGCCCACUGUCAACAUGAUUGUCGAGGUGAGUCGUUCUGUAUGCGUGCUGACAACGCAGGUCAUCUCCAAACUGCUCAGGUCCAAAGAAGCGUCGGCCACCGUGGACAUGCGCACGUGGCCACCCGUCCUGGACACGGAUGAUUUGCCAAAGAGGAAAGCUCCUGUGCUGUACAAACCCUCCAAUCCUGACACGCUAGCGUACUUGGACUUCAGCGUGUCCACCACCGGCAUGCUAGCUGGGGUCAAAAUGUCUCACGCGGCCACCAGUGCCUUGUGUCGCUCUGUGAAGCUUCAGUGCGAGCUGUACCCGUCCCGAGAGGUCGCCAUCUGCCUCGACCCAUACUGUGGCCUGGGCUUCGUCCUCUGGUGCCUUUGCAGCGUGUACUCGGGCCACCAGUCCAUCCUGAUCCCGCCGUGCGAGCUGGAGGCCAACGCGUCAUUGUGGCUUUGGGCCAUCAGCCACCACAAAGUGCGAGACACGUUCUGUUCGUACAGCGUCAUGGAGAUCAGCACCAAAGGGGUCGGACUGCAAACGGACACGCUCAAGAGUCGCGGUGUGGACUUGUCCCGUGUGCGGACAUGCGUGGUGGUGGCCGAGGAGCGCCCCCGGACGUCUCUGACGCAAUCCUUCUCCAAGCUCUUCAGGGACCUCGGCCUUCACUCGCGAGCAGUUAGCACCGCCUUCGGAUGCCGCGUCAACAUGGCCGUCUGCCUCCAGGGAACGUCUAGUCCCGACCCGACCACUGUCUUCGUGGACAUGAGGGCGCUGCGUCACGACAGGGUGAGACUAGUUGAGAGGGGAUCACCUCACAGUUUGCCCCUGAUGGAGUCUGGGAAGAUCCUUCCUGGCGUUCGAAUCAUCAUCGCCAACCCGGAGACCAAGGGACCAAUGGGAGAGUCUCACCUGGGAGAGAUUUGGGUUCAGAGCGGUCACAACUCGAGCGGAUACCUGAGCGUGUAUGGGGAUGAGGCUCUGCGCUCCGAUCAUUUCACGUCCAGACUCAGCUUCGGAGACACGCACAGCGUCUGGGCCCGGACGGGUUACCUGGGCUUUCUGCGCAGGACGCAACUCACUGACGCCAACGGAGAGCGUCACGACGCGCUUUACGUGGUGGGCGCCUUGGAGGAGGCCAUGGAGCUGCGGGGGAUGCGGUACCACCCCGUCGACAUCGAGACAUCCGUCAUCAGGACACACAAGAGCAUCACUGAGUGUGCGGUGUUCACGUGGAGCAACCUGCUGGUGGCGGUGGUGGAGCUGGCGGCUUCGGAGCGGGAGGCAUUGGACGUGGUGCCGCUAGUGACCAACGCCGUGUUGGAGGAGCACUACCUGAUCGUGGGCGUGGUGGUGGUCGCCGACGCCGGCGUCAUCCCCAUCAACUCGCGUGGCCAGAAGCAGCGCAUGCACCUCCGGGACGGAUUUCUCGCUGAUCAGCUCGACCCCGUCUACGUGGCCUACAACAUGUAGACAAGACCCACAACCGGAAAACCCGCCAUAUAGAGAGAGCGUAUCAUUUUUCAUAUAGUUUGACCCUCCCAACACGCUUUAAACACAAAACUUUUUAAGUAUUCCUUAGGACAUGUUCUCACGCUCUCGCUGUCAAAAGGUGGGAAACUAUCAUGUAACAUCACUAGAAGGACGUGAAAAGAAGAUUCGCCCGCGCACUUCUCAAAAGAGGCUCAGCGUGCUUGCUUCAAGCUGUUUAUUUGUAGGUAAGGAAGUAAGUCCAUUUUAUUUGUAAAUCACUUUUCACAGAGAGGACUCACAACAUGCUUCACAUAGUUCAAAUACACUAGACAGUGGACCCCCGCGUAUUUGACGUACGGCAUUUGCGGAUUCACCUAAUUGUGGAAUUUCGGGUUUGUGCUUAUUUGUGUUUUAUUUAUUUAUUUUUUUACCAGAUUUUUGGGGGGCUGAAACAGGGGAUAGGGGAAAAAAAUACUGUGAAUAAGAGAUUGUUUAAAAGAACUCUGAUUGUAAUGAUGUUUGGUUUAUAUGAUCUCUUUCGGCGUAAGUAACAUAAUAAGGUACAACUUUCGAAAAUCAUUUCCAGAUUUACAUAUUGUUACAAAACGUUAUUUCAGCAUUGUUUGCGUCGCUGGGUCGUAACGUCUAAAGAGGAUAUGCCCAGUUUCGCUGGGGGCAAAGCUCCACCCGGGCUCCAACAGUGAAACUGCAGGGCAGCUCAUGACACUUUCAUUUUCGCCACUGACUGUGUUCACUGGCGUCAUCAGGUAAAAUAAACACAUCCUCUGAGUUACCGUCAUCUCCAUCAAAGACGAUGUAACGUUUAACCAAGUUGUUGUGGUCCGUGGUUGGUGAGUGUACAUCUACACUAUAUUGCUAAAUGUAUUGGCUCACCUGCCUUGAGUCACACUGACUUUAAGUGACAUCCCAUUCCUAAUCCAUAGGGUUCAAUCAGAAUCAGAAUCAUCUUUAUUUGUCCAAAAAAACACAGGGAAUUUGUAGUUGGAGCCGCUCUAGUACGACAACAGACAGUCAAUUGACAGAGAACACAUUUGAGACAUAAAGACAUUGACAAAAAAAAAAAAAAAAAAGAUUCACUGAGCAAUAAAGGGUUGCUAGUUGUCUGGUAAUGUCGGUAAAUUUUUUUGACAAUUGUGCAAAAGAUGCAGAGGCCUCUAGGACUAAUAUUGCAAUAGUCCGUCCGGUGCAAUGACCAUUGUGCAAAGGGCGCCGAGACUUCAAGGAGUGUAUGCGGUUUAAAGUGACGAGUAGCGCGAUAAUCUGGGACAAUGUUGAUUGUGCAAAUGUUGCAGAUACUCCUCAAUCAGUGUGCAAAGGGAGCAGAUGCUACUCUGGCAUGAGUGGCCAGUAUUGAUCAACAACAGAUAUGUAAAUAGUGCAGCGUGGCGAGACUACUACAGUGAGUGCAUGAGUAAUAUAUAAUUGGCCCCACAGAAAUGUGACGAACUCAAGUCAAAAAAUUGCCAGCAUGUUGUAAUGGAAUUGUAGGUCAGGUGUUUAAGAAGUUGAUCGCAAGAGGGAAGAAGCUGUUGGAAUGUCUGCUAGUUCUAGGUUGCAUUGAUCGGUAGCGCCUACCUGAGGGAAGGAGCUGGAAGAGCUGGUGACCAGGAUGUGGAGGGUCCGAGAGGAUUUUGCACGCUCUUGUCUUAGUUCUGGCAGCGUGCAAGUCCUCAAGGGUGGGUAGGGGGGUACCGACAAUCCUUUCAGCAGUUUUGAUUGUCCGUUGCAGUCGGAGUUUGUCCUUUUUUGUAGCAGCACCAAACCCCAGACUGUGAUGGAAGAACACUGAUUCGACUGACCGCUGUGUAGAACUGCCUCAGCAGCUCCUGUGGCAGACCGUGCUUUCUCAGAAGCCGCAGGAAGUACAUCCUCUGCUGGGCCUUUUUGAGGACGGAGUUGAUGUUGGUCCCCCACUUCAGGUCCUGAGAGACUGUAAUUCCCAGGAAUCUGAAGGUUUCGACGGUUGACACAAGGCAGCUGGACAACGUGAGGGGCAGCUGUGGCGAAGGAUGCCUCCUGAAGUCCACGAUCAUCUCUACAGUCUUGAGCGUGUUCAGCUCCAGGUUGUGUCGGCCGCGCCACAGCUCCAGCCGCUCCGCUUCCUGUCCUUGAUGAGGCCGAUGACAGUGGUGUCAUCUGCAAACUUCAGGAGUUUGCCGGGUGUGCAGUCGUUCGUGUAGAAAGAGAAGUACAGCGGAGAGAGGACACAACCCUGGUGUGCCCCAGUGCUGAUGCUGCGUGUGGAUGAGGUGGCCUCCCCCAGCCUGACCUGCUGUGUCCUGCCCAUCAGAAAGUUGUAAAUUCACUGGCAGAUGGCAGGUGAGAUGCUGAGCUGGAGAAGCUUGGAUGAAAGGAGUUCAGGAAUGAUGGUGUUGAGCUGAAGUCCACGAACAGGAUCCUCACGUAGGUCCCUGCGCUGUCUAGGUGUUCUAGGAUGAAGUGCAGUCCCAUGUUGACUGCAUCAUCUGCAGACCUGUUCGCUCGGUAGGCAAACUGCAGGGGGUCCAGCAGGGGACCUGUGACGCUCUUGAGGUGGUCCAGCACGAGACGUUCAAAGGACUUCAUAACCACAGAUGUCAAGGCGACAGGCCUGUAGUCAUUUAGACUUGAGAUUGCAGGUUUCUUGGGGACUGGAAUGAUGGUGGAGCGUUUGAAACAGGAUGGUACUUCGCACAGUUCCAGAGAUCUAUUGAAGAUCUGAAUGUAGACUGGCGCGAGCUGGUCCGCGCAGACUUUGAGGCAAGAUGGGGACACAUGGUCUGGGCCUGCCGCUUUGUUAAUCUUGUCUAAGAUGACGUCGAGCCACCCUUUUCAGUUAUAACAGCUUCAACUCUUUUGGGAAGGCUGUCCACAAGGUUGAGGAGUGUGUUUAUUGGAAUUUUUGACCAUUCUUCCAGAAGCGCAUUUGUGAGGUCACACACUUAUUGGACGAGAAGGCCUGGCUCUCGGUCUCGGCUCUAAUUCAUCCCAAAGGUGUUCUUUCGGUUUUGAGGUUAGGACUUUCUCCAGGCCAGUCAAGUUCUGUAGCGAUUGACUUGGCAGAAAGUUAGCAACCUCUUGGCACUAUACGCCUCAGCAUCCGCUGACCCCGCUCCGUCGGUUUAAGUGGCCUACCGCUUCGUGGCUGAGUUGCUGUCACCCUCAAACGCUUCCACGUUAUAAUACAGCUGACAGUUAACUGUGGAAUAUUAAGGAGGGAGGACAUUUCACAACUGGACUUGUUGCAUAGGUGGCAUCCUAUCACAGUUCCACGCUGGAAUUCACUGAGCUCCUGAGAACGACUCAUUCUUUCACAAAUGUUUGUAAAAACAGUCUGCAUGCCAAGGUGGUUGAUUUUAUACACGUGGCCAUGGAAGUGAUUGGAACACCUGAUUCUAUUCUGAUACCAUUUACAGUCCCCUCCAAAAGUAUUGGAACGGCAAGGUCAAUUCCUUUGUUUUUGUUGUAUACUGAAGGCAUUUGGGUUUGAGAUCAAAAGAUGAAUAUGAGACAAAAAUUCCAUUUUUUUAUUUCAUGGUAUUUACAUAUAGAUGUGUUAAACAACCCAAGACGCAUCAUCUUUUGUUUGAAGCCACCCACUUUUCAAGUGAGCAAAGGUAUUGGAACAUGUGACCGAUGGGUGUUUCUAGUUGCUCAGGUUUUGCCUUUUAGAUUGAUUGCUUAAACAUUAGAUAAUGCUUGCUUUUGGCUUUCACAUGUGAAAACUGCAUUUGCUGUUUAGCAAAGAGAUCUGUCUAUGGAGAAAAGCAACCCAUUUUGAAGCUGACAGAAGAGGGAAAACUGAUCAGCGCGAUUGCACAAACAUUGGGCCAAUACAACAAUUUGAAAUGUCCUGAAAAAGAAAGAAACUACUGGUGUAUUGAGCAGGUCGACCAAGGAUAGCAACAGCAAGUUCACGACAGAAACAUUGUGAGAGCUGUGAAGAAACACCCAAAGACAACAGUCAGUGACAUCACUGCCAACCUCCACAGGGCAGGGGUGAAGGUAUCACAAUCCACUGUUCGAAGACUUCGAGAGAAGAAAUAUACAGGCCAUACCACAUCAUGCAAAUCACUCAGCAAAAGGAAUCGGAAGGCCAGAUUAGAUUUAGCAAAUAAGCACAGAGAUGAAUCGCAAACGUUUUAUGGACUGAUGAGACCAAAAUUAACCUCUACCAAAGUGACUGAAAGGCCACAGUAUGGAGAAAGGAAGGAUGUGCUUAUGAUCCAAAACAUACAACCUCAUCUAUGAAGCAUGGUAGAGGUCAUGUCAUGGCUUGUGUUUGCAUGGCUGCUUCUGGAACGUUGAUGAUGUGACUCAUAAUGGUAGCAGCAGAAUAAAUUCUGAAGUCUACAAAACCAUUUUGUCAAUUUACAGAAAAAUGGUUCCAAACGAAUCGGGAGAAGCUUCAUUAUGCAACAAGACAAUGACCCAAACUAGCCAGCACAACAAAGAACUUCGUCAGGGGGAAAAAGUGGAAGGUCUAAGAUUAGCCGAGUCAAUCACCGGACCUUAACCCAAUACAGCAUGCAUUUCACCUCCUGAAGAGGAGACUCACGGGAGAACCCCCCCAGAAACAAACAAGAACUGAAAGAGGCUGCAGUAAAGGCCUGGAAAAGCAUUUCAAAUGAAGAAUGCAACAGCCUGAUGAAGUUUAUGGGUUUCAGGCUUGAUGCAGUUAUUUGCUAGUAAUGGUUAUGCCACCAGGCGGCAUGGUGGACAACUGGGUGGCUUCAAACAAAAGGUGCUCUGUCCUGAGUUGUUCUAGAUUUAAAUACCAUGAAAUAAAAGAUGGAAUUCUGAACUUUUGUCUCAUAUUCAUCUUUUGAUCUCAAACACAAAAGUCUUCAGCGUGCAGCAAAAACAAAGGAAUUGACUUUGCCGUACCAGUACUUUUGGAGGAGACUGGAUGUGGCUUCAGUGAUUAAAACCCAGAAAUGUAUUUUCAAUGUGAGGGAAAGCUUCUCUGCAGUUAGCUGUAAGCUGUCGCUAGGUGUGCAGGAGCCUUUAGCUAGGCAGGGGCAGCAGUUUUUUGUUUUUAACUUUAUCGCAAUGGAUGACGGUUUACAAUGACACAUUUAACCAGUAUUUGAGAGGGCGGUAAUGUAACCCCCCCACCCCCCCCCCCCAAAAAAAAAAACAUUUCCUUCCUUGAAUAAUGGAAACUCUUGCCAUGAAAAAAUUGAUUAAAUUAGUUACAAAAAUGUUCUUCCAAAAUUAGGUUUAGAAUUUUAAUUGACAAUCAUUAUUAUUGCCAUGAAAAAUGCAAAUAAGCGGUGAUAAGGUAGAAAUAAAAACAAGCAGUUAUUAUUAAUUUUAUUAUUCAAAUUCUUUUAGCUUUUAACAUUUUUUUUUCCCUCAAAUAAUUGAAGCUCAUUAUAAUUGCUAUAAAUCUCUUAAACUAGGUGAAUCCGUGACUGCUGAGCCGCGAAUAUAUGGGGGUCUACUUCAUAUCAAAGACAAUAUCACAACAUUUUGCAGUUAAUAAAAGAAAAAACAAUUCCAUUAAACAAUAUAAAAAUAAAUCAAAAUCUGAACAAAUCCAAAAACAUUUAGUCUUACCACUCCCAGUUGAUGUUAACUGCAAAACUGACACAAAAGUAAAUGUUAUUCAAAAAUGUAAACACCACACAAAGUCCACUAGUUCUAUGCUAACAUAUAAUGGGAAAAGCCAUAGACAGGCUUCCGUAAAUUAGCAUCGAUGUAGUGUUAAUUGUAAAUCUCCAAACAACUGCUACUUUGACACAAAAAGAGCAGCAAUAUAUACAAAUGGAGCGUCCUGCCAUACACAUGAGCAUACAGUAUAUUCUCUCUGUCUGCCGUGGGAACUAUUGCUGUAGCUUAGUUGGGGACCUUCUCGACACUACCGUAAAAAAAAACCUGGUCGAUAUUGUAGGUUCACGAACGGCGAUCGAGCGGGAAAACGACAUCGGCAAACAGCGGUGACCGGAAGCCCCGAAUGAAGUGAUUCCCCCAGAAAAAGAACAGCAGCGCACCCUGGUGGACAAUCAGUGGAAGUUUUCAUGCGCCAAAGUUUCCAAUGUUUUUGUCAUUUCAGCUUUAACUUUUUUUUUUUUUUUUUUUUUUAUACACACACGUAGUAAAAACAUUUUCUAAUCUUUUCGAUACAAGUUCUUUCCAAGUUGGAUUUUCAGGUACUUUUUUUGUUUUGUUUUUUUGCAUACUCGACCAGCUGCAGCCUUGAAACCAUAAAAAUAUGUAAAUAUGUACAAAAAAAGAGAAGUGAUUUAAUUUAUUUUGUCUCUUUUAGCAGUCAGAUAAUGAACAUGACGACUCCUUUGAGAAUUUGAAUAUUUGCUGAUAAAUAAAAGAUACAAAGUUAUGUUUCUAUUGCGAUACAAUUGUAGAAAUGUCUGGUUACAAGUUGGUUUCCACUCCGUCCUUGUCAAAUACAAAUGUUCAAAAUGUUCCGCAGAUGUUUCCAAGUCCUCCAGUGAGCAGACCUUUCAGUUUCAUGCAGAUUUACUUUUUAUUAUUUUUUUUUUGGUGGGGGGGGGGG